UUUAACUACUUCAUACUCAUGAGCUUCUGAUCUGAGGCUGGGUUACGCAGGUGACGACUAGCUAUAGGCUAUUUAUAUUCACUCUGAACUUUGAAGAGAAAGCCUAUACUCUCAUAUUUCUAUUCUCAAACCUUUGCUUGGUCCUCUGGAGCUGAAACCAUAAAACCAUAAUGAAGCCGAGUAAAAAUCAGCUUAGAAGGGCUAAGAAGAAAGCGCAAAAACUCGAGGCCAAGUCAAAUGAAGUUGAGGAACGCUCCUCGGCGAGCAGUGUACCCCCUGUCAAAACCCCGGGUGUUGUACAAUCGAAUAGUGAUGUCGACGUCCCAGCCAAUCUCGAGGAUCCGCUCUGGGAUAUUUACCAGAAUGUACUCUCCAAAUUUCAGGAAGUUGACGCGGAAACUGAAAAAGUAGAUGAGACCGAGAAACCUCAAAUCUUCUUCGAUGAUGACAACGAGAUUCCGGAUGAAGAGGACGAGGGCAAACCGAGAUUGUCGAAAAAGAAGAGAAAGGAGCUGAACAAACUAUCCGUCGCUGAACUGAAAGCAAUCGUACGAAAACCGGAAAUCGUCGAAUGGACCGAUACAUCUGCACCAGACCCUAGGCUUCUUGUUCAUAUCAAGGCUCAUCGAAACGUGGUUCCGGUUCCGUCUCAUUGGUCUUUGAAACGCGAAUACUUAUCCUCGAAGAGGGGUGUUGAAAAGCCUCCAUUUUCCCUGCCCAAAUUUAUUAAGGAUACUGGCAUCUCGGAGAUGCGUGAUGCUGUUCUAGAGAAACAGGAGCAGGCCACGUUGAAGCAAAAGCAAAGAGAGAGAGUUCAGCCUAAGAUGGGCCGGCUGGAUAUAGACUAUCAGAAGUUAUACGAGGCAUUCUUUCGGUUUCAAUCGAAACCAGAGCUUACUCGCUACGGAGAGGUGUAUUACGAGGGUAAGGAGUAUGAAACUAAUCUCCGACAUUUACGGCCUGGAGAACUAAGUGACGAGUUGAAGGAGGCUCUCAGUAUGCCACCUGGCGCACCUCCUCCUUGGCUCAUCAACCAACAACGCUUUGGUCCACCACCAUCGUAUCCAGCUCUCAAAAUCCCAGGCCUCAAUGCUCCACCGCCUCCUGGUGCGAUGUGGGGUUAUCAUCCGGGAGGCUAUGGCAAACCUCCUGUCGAUGAGCACAAUCGACCCCUCUACGGCGGUGAUAUAUUCGGCGUUCUUCAGUCGCAACAGAAUGCUCAGCAAGGGGAGCCUAUGGAGAAGGAUCUCUGGGGCGAACUUCAGACUCUGGAAGAUGAGUCGGAAGAAGAAAGCGAAGACGAAGAUGAGGAUGAGGAUGUUGAAGUUGAGCCAGAAGAGGAUAUUGCGCGAGGUGUACAGACACCGAGUGGUCUCGAAACUCCGAGCGGAUUUACUUCCAGUGUACCAUCAGAGUUCCCGGGCCCUGGAGGUGCGGCCACUGAAUUUGAUGUGCGCAAGGAUUAUCGGGGAACCGAAACCGAAGAAACUCCUACGGCAAGAACAGCUCACCAGAUAAUUCCGGAGAAGAGAGGGCGGGUAGAGGGAUUUUUUGGUGGCGACAGGCUUUAUGAUAUCAGUGCUUCUUCCAGCAACCUUCCUGUAUUGGGGGCGGAGGAGCAGACACGAAAACGCAAGAAACUCGGGGAUGUAGACGUGGCCGUUGAUCUAGAUGAGUUACAGGCUCAUGAUGGAAUCAAAAAGGAAAGCUUACAGGGUCUAUAUGAUUCUCAGCGACAUCAAGAACAUCGUCAGAAAUGGGGGUUUCAAGAAGACCUGAGUGAUAUGAUUGCGCAUGAGAGCCGCAAAAGGCUCCGACCAGAAGAGGAAAGAGGAGCAAAAUAAUAGUAAUGGUUUAAUGAUGGUCAACUCCUCAUCCUGCUAGAAAUACAAAUGCGUGUUUGCGGUUCUCUUCUUCCUGUCAUUCUAGAGACCUCGUAGUUUCUACCGUAAAAUAUGUGUCUGUCUUGUCAUUGUCAU